UGAUCACCACUAUUUGAGGAUCACUGGAGUUGCAUAGUACUUAACAUUUCCACAAGAACUCACUACACAAUUGUAUCUAAAUGAACACUGCACACGAACGAUACACGAAGAGAUACAUAUAACCCCCAGUAGAAUAGGUAGAUAGAUCGUUAGAAGACAACACAACAGUCAGUAUCCUACCGAUAGAGCUCAAAUAAAGUAUUACAUAAAGGUUGUGAAUAAGUGGUGGAAAGAAAAGGACUUGGACUACAUAUACAGGACGAAGGACAUUUAGGACGGUUAAGGAUUGGAAGGCGGUGGAUUGUAAGCAGUAAGGAUAAAAGAGGAUCGAGUUGGAAAGAAACGAAAAGGAGAACACAACGUAGGACAAAAAAGGUACGUGGAGAAGUGGUUUGGAAACUUCGGAAAGGCCGUUUAAAGAUUGCUCAACCCGCGAACCGUAUCCCACAACAUUGGUGCCGUGACCAGGAUUCACGGUUGAGCUGGGAAUUGGCGGUUCGGAGGACAAUAGACCCUUGCUGUAUUGUUCCGCGAACUUUGAUGGCGCCUAGGCCAUAUUAACUGGCUGCUUUGUGGCGACACAAAAGGUGAAAUAUUUCAACGGCUCACUAAUUCCACCACCACCACCCCCGGAUUAUCUGGUGCAACUCUUGUGGUUUUAUCUGCAUGCCUGUCGCACGUUGUUGAUACACUACGCAGUGUAGCAGUUAAUGGGAACAAGGUGUGCUUUGGUGAAUGUUACAUCGCAUGAAGGACUUGCAAGUGGAAAACAUUUUUAUCGUCGACUAUCGGUAGUAUUAGUUCCGGAAAGAAAGCGCACCCCAAGUAGCCAACGUGUAGAACAUCGUUGUUUGGAUUAUUCGAAGGGCAACGAUAGACUGAUCAACUGGCUGGAUAUUUGUUUUGAUUGGAUCUGAUCAAAACUCGGAAUUUCAUCGGAUUGGUUCAUUAGCUUCGGAAGGAUUCGACUGGAUUCGGUCAUCAUCACGUGCUUGUUCGUGCUAUAUUAUACAAGGCCUGUUGUAGACAGACCUCAGGUGAGUGCCUGUCCAACAUAUUUAUCCCCUUAUUUGUUGUGCUACUUGGUUCGCUUUCGUCUAUUUUCUCAUCUCAACGGGAGAUAUACAUAGGAAAUUCCACGUCGGGUCACCAACAGAGCUGAAUAGUGGGCAACAAAGCUGAUCGGUAGGCAACGAACAUCUAGCGGAAUCGGUUGGACUCGGGUCGACGCACGUGAGGAUUCGGGUGAUCCAUCGUUGCUGCUUCCUGCGGUUGAAAUUGAGAUACAAGGCCUAUUGUAGACAGGCCUCAGGUGAGUGCCUGUCCAAUCUAUUUAUCGUCUAGUUUGUUGUGCUACUGGGUUUGCAUUUGCUUAUUUCAUAUUGGGCGGUAUUGUCUCUACGCGAGAUUAACUACGGACGGAUCGUACGUACGGACUACGGGCGGACGAGGCAAACGUGGAAGAACGAUCUAUUGGUUUCGGUUGGGCUCGAUCUACCACACGCAGGCCUCAGGGCGAAGGGUGUGGACUUCAGCAUAUAAGCAAGGAAGGUGUUUCAGUGGCGAAUAGUAUAUGGGCUGGCGGUGCGUUUAGUACUGCACAUCUGCAUGCCAAAUUUGAAUACGGGAGCGGAUAUAAAUUUAAAUUCAAGGCCUGUUGUUGACAGGCUACAGGUUAGUAACUGUCCAACAUUUUUUACCGAUUCUUGGUGGUGCUGCGUGAGAUAUUUUUUAUUUCUUUUUAUUGAUUGAUUUGGCGGGAUCGACUCUGGAAUCUUCUUGCAACAAUUCGAGCAUUUGGCUACACUUAUCGUUGGCUCGGCAUACUUUGGGAGGUCCCAGUAAACUGAUAGUGUGGGUAUGGCUACAAAAAUAAAAGAAAAGAUUAAAAAGCGUGAACGCAUUUUCGCUGCUCUGGAUCGUCAUGUGCGCUUUUUGGAAGCAUAUGAUCCCCAGGUGCAAAAAGGGCAAGUUCAAUCCAGAUUGGACAAAUUAGAGGAUUCUUGGGCAGAGUUUAAAGAGUUGCAAGAAGAAAUAUCGGAGCUUGAUACGAAGGGUGAAAUAGAGGCUGAGACCAACAUGAACUAUGAGAAAUUUGAAGAAAGUUACUUCGAGAUUCGGGCAGCUUUACUAGAUAAAUUGGAACCUACGUCGCUAGCUCCAAAUCUGGAUAAUUCAGGUCGGAAUGGAAGUUCAUUGGGUAUGCACACAGGAGUUCGGUUACCUCAAAUUUCCUUGCCGGAGUUUGAUGGGGAUUAUAAAGGGUGGCUAUCUUUUAAAUCAACUUUCGUUUCGUUGAUACACGAGUCUUUCGAACUCAGCGACGUACAGAAAUUUCAUUAUUUGAAAUCUGCCCUGAAGGGAGAGGCGGCGAAGUUAGUCGAAUCUCUUACCAUCACUAGUGGGAACUACACCAUAGCAUGGGACACCAUCACCAAGCGCUACUCCAACGAAUACCUAUUGAAGAAACGACAUCUGCAGGCGCUAAUGGAGUUUCCGAGGAUUGAAAAGGAAUCAGCCGGGCAGAUCCAUGGACUAGUGGACGAGUUUGAUCAGCGGCUCAAAAUAUUGAAACAGCUGGGCGAGAAUACGGACUAUUGGGGCGCGAUGAUUGUUCAUUGGAUGUGCUCCAAAUUGGACUCGCGCACGCUGCAGCUGUGGGAGGAUCAUGCAGCAUCUAUAAAGGAUCCCACGUUCAAGAUGUUAGUGGAGUUUUUGGAAAAACGUACCAGGGUUUUGGACGCUGUGCUAUCCAACACAAGCAACAGUUCGGUUCAACCCAAGACAGCAUUCAAGCGCGAUCGAGUGGCUGUGCAUGCUUCUACGGAGAGCGGAAAAGGGGAUAAUACUUGCCAGUGUUGCGGUGAACAGCAUUAUUUGGUGCGGUGUGUGAAGUUCCAGGGUUUCGGGCUGAAGGAAAAAUUGGACUUCGUCAACGGAAAGCGGCUAUGCAGCAACUGCUUCAAAGCGGGUCACUGGGUGCGUGAUUGCAACUCAAAAUAUAGCUGCAAGACAUGCGGGAAGAAACAUAACUCACUAAUUCAUCCGGGGUUUCAACCCAAUAGCGGUGGAAGCAAUAACAAUAGCGGAUCAAAUGGUAGCAGAUCAUCCAGCAAUGCCGGGAGGAAUGGUGACGCAGCAAAGACACACGUUGCAGCCGAAGCAGCAGAGGAAGUGCAAAUGGAAGCAGGUGAAGGAACUUCGGCAGGAUCGUACAGCGUAGGGACGAGGAAGGAUAUUUCGAGCUCCACGGUUUUCCUGUCAACGGUGGUGGUAGCGAUUCGCGAUCAAAAUGGUGAGAAGCAGCUAGCACGGGCGUUACUGGACAAUGGAUCCCAAGUCAACGUGAUGAGCGAGCGGCUUUGUCAAAUGCUGAAGCUGAAGCGUCGGGCGAUUUGUGUUCCAAUAACUGGAGUCGGGCAAUCCGAAUCAACAGCGCGGCAUGCAGUCAGUACAAUGAUAAGUUCCAGAGUCACGGAUUUCUCCAUCGGUUUGGAUUUUCUGGUUUUGCAACGGGUGACAUCGGAACUUCCCUCGGUAACUGUGCCUAUAUCACAUUGGAACAUUCCUAGCGAUCUUAAGAUGGCGGAUCCUCAAUUUAACAUAAGCGGUCGCAUCGAUAUGUUACUGGGAGCAGAACAUUUCUUUACUUUCCUAAUCAACAAAGAGGUGAAAAGGAUGGUCUUGGGUCCAAAGCUUCCAAUACUAGUGGAUUCUGUUUUCGGGUGGAUUGUUUCUGGUCGGGAUGAAAGUCUUCAACAAAAUGGAUCGGUUCGAUGCUGCACGGCAACCACUACCGAAAAAAUAGAAGAGCUAUUGGAGAAGUUUUGGAAGGUGGAAAGCUGUGAUGAUCAACCUGCCUGGUCCAAGGAGGAACAAGACUGCGAGGAAGACUUCAAGCAGACGCAUUCCAGAACUGAAGAUGGUCGGUACGUAAUUCAGUUGCCGAAACAUGUCAAUUGGGAACGGAUGUUGGGAGAUUCGAGAGUGAUGGCGUUGGACAGGUAUCGGAAACUGGAGAAUCGUUUGGAUCGGAACCCUAGCAUGAAGGAACAAUACCACGCAUUUAUGCAGGAGUACUUGGAUAUGGGGCAUAUGCGAAGGAUAACGGAUGCGGAAUUACAAUCAGAGGCUAAUGCAAUGGAUCAACCGAAGGUGUUCUAUUUGCCGCACCACGCGGUUAUGAAAGAAUCAAGCACUACUACGAAAGUGCGAGUCGUAUUCGAUGCUUCGGCACGCACGGACAGCGGAUAUUCACUCAACGAUGUACUCCUGAAAGGACCUGUUAUUCAGGAUGACAUAUUGAAUCUCCUAGUUCGCUUCCGCAGGCAUCAGGUGGCGCUUGUGGGAGAUGUGGAAAAAAUGUAUCGGCAAGUACUUCAGGCCAUCAAUGACGCUCUUCGACUUCGGAUUUUCUUCCGGUUCACCAGGGAUGGUCCGAUACAGGUCUAUGAAUUGCUAACUGUGACAUAUGGACUCACGCCGUCAUCUUUUCUGGCAACUCGGGCUCUGACGCAGUUGGCUGAAGAUGAAGGACAGGAAGGAACAAAGGCUCGUCUCGCACUGCAAGAGGAUUUCUACGUCGACGAUUAUAUAGGAGGAGCAUCAAAUGUGGACGAAGCCAUCGAAUUACGAAAAAGUUUGACGUCAUUAAUGGCUAAAGGAGGAUUUCCAAUCCGGAAAUGGUGCUCAAAUAAACCGGAGGUUUUGUCCGGUCUACCUGAGGAUCAAUUGGGGACCAACCUCACGAUAACCUUUGAUUUGAAUCCCGAUGAGAAGGUUAAAACUCUAGGGAUAACUUGGGAACCUAAAGCAGAUCAACUCAGGUUCAUAUACAGUGUUGAAAAUGAAAAUGGCGAAUGGACCAGGAGGCGUAUACUGUCGGCAAUCGCUAAGUUGUUUGACCCCCUCGGAUUAAUUUCCCCCGUAAUAGUUACCGCAAAAAUAAUAAUGCAGGAACUGGCACUACUUCAUACGGGAUGGGAUGCUCCGGUACCACCAGAACUACAGCAGAAAUGGCAGGACUUCCAUCGCCAAUUGUCAAAAUUAGCAGAAUUCUGCAUACCCAGAUUUGCUUUCAUACCCGAAUACGUUGAUGUACAGCUCCAUUGUUUCGCCGACGCAUCGGAUCUUGCGUAUGGAGCUUGUAUAUAUGUUCGUUCCAGUGAUCGACAAGACAACGUACGCACCGAACUUUUGUCAUCGAAAUCUAGAGUCGCGCCUUUGAAGCGACUCACAAUUCCAAGACUAGAACUCUGUGCAGCUAGGGAAGCUGCCCACCUAUACCAGACAGUAAAAAAGGCCCUCAAUUUGGAAAACGUGCAAGCAUAUUUCUGGUCGGACUCAACUGUGGUGUUGCACUGGUUAAAAGCUCCACCCAACUCGUGGAAGACCUUUGUCGCAAACCGCGUUUCAGCAAUCCAGACAACUACGUACGGACACCCAUGGCUGCAUGUGGCAGGCAAAGAGAACCCCGCCGAUCUUGUAUCCCGCGGAAUGAAGGUCGAGGAUUUCCUGGAAAGUGACCUUUGGAAGCAGGGUCCUUUUUGGUUGAAGCAGUCACCGGUGAGAUGGAUGACUGAAGAUGCUGGAUCUCCACCCGAAGAAGCAGAUUUGGAACCCCGAGCAGUCACUCAAGCUACCGCAGCAACACAAGAAACCAGCUUCAUCUUCUCGCUUCGAUCUUCUCUGAUUCCCUUGGUAAGAUUAGUUGCACUGUUCCGACGCUUUGCUGCCAAUUCUCGAAAAUUCAGCCAGAAAAAUACUUCGUCACUUCUAACGAUGCAAGAGAUCAAUUCAGCGAAAAUGGCUCUUGUAAAACUGGUUCAAGAGGAAUGCUUCCAAGAGGAAAUCAAAUCCUUGAAAAGGCUCUACCAUGUUCCACACAAAUCUCCUUUGAAACUACUCUGUCCUUUCCUGGAUAAGGAUAACAUUAUCAGAGUUGGCGGUCGUCUACGGAAUUCGCUAGAGAACUUCGCAACAGUGCAUCCAGCUGUACUUCCAAAGUCGCAUGUCUUCACUCGCCUUCUCAUCGAUUAUUACCACCUUCAAACCCACCAUGGAGGAUGCCAAGUAACGUUAGCGGUCAUGAGACAGGAAUUCUGGCCAAUCAAUGGAAAAAGAGCGGUCAGUUCCGUCCUUCGAAACUGUCAUCGAUGUUUCCGUGUGAACCCCAAGUCGAUUGAACAACCGAUGGGUCAACUUCCGUCCACACGAGUCCGCCCAGCUCGUCCAUUUUUGAUAACUGGAAUUGACUUUUGUGGACCUUUCUACUUGAAACCCCCUCACCGCCGAGCAGCCCCUCCAAAAUGCUAUAUUUCGGUAUUUAUUUGCUUCACGACAAAGGCAAUACACCUUGAACUGGUUAUGGACCUAUCAACCGCUGGAUUCUUAGCUGCACUUCGUCGGUUUAUAGGACAUCAUGGACUUCCAUCGCAAAUUCACUCAGACAACGCGACGAACUUCCAAGGAUCAAAGCACGAGUUAUACGAGUUGUACAAGGGAAUCAACAGCAAGACUGGACAACACGAGAUCGGAUCGGAGCUAGCCCAGCAAGGAAUUUCCUGGCACUUCAUUCCACCCCGUGCUCCCAACUUCGGUGGAUUAUGGGAGGCAGCCGUGCGCUCAACCAAGACCUGCCUGAAAAAGGAAAUUGGAACCAACCAACUAAGCCAUGAAAAUUUUUGCACUCUGCUAGUUCAAAUAUCCGCCGCCCUAAACUCUAGACCUCUAGCCCCAUUAUCUGAUGACCCAAGAGAUUUAGAUGCCCUCACCCCAGCUCAUUUUUUAAUAGGGUCGUCUAUGAAAGCCCUCCCUGAGCCCGAUCUUACCGCCAUACCCACAAACCGCCUAGCUCACUAUCAGCAACGACAGCAGAUGUUUCAACGAUACUGGCAACGCUGGAGCCAAGAAUACAUCACGGGACUGCAACAAGCGACCAAGAACCUUCAGCCCAGCAUCAUCAGCAUCGGCAGCAUAGUGAUUCUACGGGAAGACAAUUCGCCACCACUACAAUGGCCGCUAGCGAGAAUAGUCGAGGUACACCCAGGCGCAGACGGAGUGGUACGAGUGGUCACAGUCAAGACGUUCGAGGGGACGUACAGGCGUCCGGUCAACCGAAUUUGUCCAUUACCCAACGAGGACUCUGCAGAAGCUCCAUGAUUUUUUUGAAGAAGAAGCAAAAUUUUGAAUUGAAAUUGAAUAGCUAGGAUAAGAUAGGUGUUAGUUGAAACAUAGUUUCAAGGGGGCUGGAAAUGUUAGUCGAUAAGCAAAAUAUUUAAAUUUAAGUAAAAUAUGCAAUGAUCACCACUAUUUGAGGAUCACUGGAGUUGCAUAGUACUUAACAUUUCCACAAGAACUCACUACACAAUUGUAUCUAAAUGAACACUGCACACGAACGAUACACGAAGAGAUACAUAUAACCCCCAGUAGAAUAGGUAGAUAGAUCGUUAGAAGACAACACAACAGUCAGUAUCCUACCGAUAGAGCUCAAAUAAAGUAUUACAUAAAGGUUGUGAAUAAGUGGUGGAAAGAAAAGGACUUGGACUACAUAUACAGGACGAAGGACAUUUAGGACGGUUAAGGAUUGGAAGGCGGUGGAUUGUAAGCAGUAAGGAUAAAAGAGGAUCGAGUUGGAAAGAAACGAAAAGGAGAACACAACGUAGGACAAAAAAGGUACGUGGAGAAGUGGUUUGGAAACUUCGGAAAGGCCGUUUAAAGAUUGCUCAACCCGCGAA